AUGCCACCAAAUUUACGAAAGAUGUCACUAAAUAAUCGUGAUUAUUCUUUCAAAAAUUUAAAAUUUAAACGUUUCUUACAUUUCAUCAAUAAUAAAAAUAAAGAUGUUAUUGGUGAAAAUCAUACAAACACGAGAAAAUUUGAUAGCGAAAAUGAAAGGAUUAUUAAUAGAGGUUUCACAGCACUCUUUGAUCCUAAUAUAGAAACCGAAGAUAUCAAAGCAAAUGUGCUACAUUCGGUAACUAAAAAGGUAUGGGGAGGAAAUUUUUCUUCACCGAUUGAAAAUAGAUUAAUUAAAGGCGUUAGAGUACUUGAUGUUUGCUGCGGGCCUGGCUAUUGGGUAUUAGACAUGGCAAAAACUUAUCCAAAGAGCACAUUCAUAGGAAUGGAUAUUUCACCAACAUUCUCUGAAAGAGAAAAGAUGACUAAUGUAGCGUUUUUGGAGUGUAAUGUACAUGAUGGUUUGCCUUGGCCAAAUGAUACAUUUGAUUUCGUUUAUCAAAGAUACGCUUGGGCAAGUUAUAAUGAAGUCCAAUGGAAAAAUAUCAUUUCAGAGAUCACAAGAGUUUGUAAACCAGGAGGGAUGAUAGAAUUGAUGGAAUUUGAUUGGGAAUUUAAAAACAAUAGUCCAAUUGCUAUGAACUAUCAAAAGCUUU